UCAUUACUGUGUAAUCGACGAAUCGGCUUGUAUUUUUGUCAAUUUGUUUUGUUUAAUUAUUUACAACUAGAAAUAAAUAAACAAAAAUGGGUAGCAAUGUUUUGGUUAACGAAUUAUUUAGUCAAUUUCAAAAAAGUCUCGACAAAGAAGCUGAACGACGAGAGUCAAUCAGAAAUAUUUCCAAAGAAGUGGACCAUUUGUCUCGCGAGAUAUUGACUGUUCUACAAGUUAUACAUCAUGAUGAGAGCGGGAUAAAUGCAGCAUGUCUUAAAGCUCGCGAGUUGUUCGAGAAGGCUCGCCUCGGCUACGAGAGACUGCAGGCGGCUGUUCCAUCCACUGACUAUUACAAGUAUCACGACCAUUGGCGUAUUAUGACCCAGCGUUACUCAUUCCUUAUAUCGCUCACCAUCUGGCUAGAGAUGGGCAUACUGGCCGCACAUGAGACCAUCGCAGACGUUUUGGGCAUAAGCUCGGUAGAACUGAAGGAAGGAUUCCAUCUUGACAUAGAGGAUUAUUUAGUUGGACUGCUGAUGCUGUGUUCUGAAUUGUCUCGGCUGGCAGUGAACUCCGUAACACACGGCGACUACAGCAGGCCACUGCAGAUAUCGCGGUUCGUAAUGGAACUCAACGCUGGAUUUAGGUUGUUAAGUUUGAAGAACGACCACCUGCGCAAACGGUUCGACGCUCUCAAAUACGACGUGAAGAAAAUCGAGGAGGUGGUGUACGACCUCAGCAUCAGGGGGCUGCUGCCGAAGACCCAACCGGAAAGUUCGUAGCCUGGAAGACAUCACUAAAGCGAGGGCUACACAUUCAAUAAACGUUACGAUCCACGUUAUAUGAUAUUCAGUCUCAUAACAAACAAAAUUCAAGUUAUUUUCCAAAAAAAAAUUGUUUUCUAAUGCCAAACACAUACUGUAUGAUUAUUGUUUACUUAGAAACUACCAUAAAAUAUAUAUUUCAUAUUUUAUUGUU